AUGGAUGAGGAGAGAGAACUGUUAGAUAAUUUUUGGAAAGAGAAGAAUAUGGCCGCUGAGACAUUAGUGUGGUCAUCUAGAGAUGUGUUGAUAACACGUAAGGAUGCAUUAAAGGAGAGACAAUUAGUUGCGACGUUGAUUGAGAUGCGUCCCAACUAUGCAAAGGACAUACACAUAUGUAGUCCAUGGGUAACCAGAUGCAUCAAUGAGAAUAACCCAUCGAGUGUAGAUCGAAUGUUUAAGCCAAUCACGACUACUCGAUUCCAAGAACUUGAUAAGAUUAUUUUCCCACUCUUAACUUCAUUUCAUUGGCAUAUGUUGGUAUUCUCUGUCAAGGAUAGAAGAUUUUAUCAUUAUUCUUCUCUACGUGGAUAUAUGUCUUAUGCUAGUGAAUUUAGAGUGAAGCUUAUUUCUACUAUUCCCGAUACUUGGAAUUUAGACAUUACUUCUUGUCAGGAGGUAGAAACUGUUGAUGUACCUCAACAACAUGGUAGCUUGGAUUGCGCGGUGUUCUUGAUGGCAUACAUGUUUAGCCUCAUUUCCGGUCAAACUAUUUCAAUUGACCAAAAGGAUUGUGCAAGACAUAGAGCUCGUAUCGUUGCUCUAUUUCUAUCUGAAGGAAAUCAACAUGAUCCUCAAGACCAAUUCUCUGGAUGCUAG